AUGAACAACUCAAAAAAUCACAUCAACUACAAAAAACACAACAACAGCAUCAACAGGUGCAACAACAACAUUGGCAGACGCAACAACUUUACCAAGAGAGCCAACAACCUCAUCACCACCAUCAACAACAACACCAACAACAACGUUAUUCAGACCACUAUCAACAUGAACGAUAUCAUUCAUACAUGCGUCAGCACCACACUUCUCAAAGUCAACAACAACAUCAGCUACAUCAGCUACAACAACAACAACAACAUAAUUUUCAGUUACAAAUACAACCACCACAACAGCAACAGUACGAACAAUCACAAUCCCAACAAUUUAGACAGCUUCUUCCAAUCUCAGGUGAACGUCAUUACUACACCUCAACAACAUCCAUCACCAAUUCGGGUAAUUAUUUGA